UUUGCGCGCUCACCACGUCGGGUGACAGAGUAGUUUGCUCUUUGACCAGACUCUUGUGCAACCUCUGCUCAUCCGGUACCAGAGGUGAGGUUAAUCCAUCGCACCGAAACAAGUAUCAGACAGUUAUUGUUGUCAUGCACUUGUUUGAUAGCAUGUGAACGAGGAAAGUUUUCAACAAACCCUGGAUACCGUGACCAGUCAUUUAGUUAAGUUCAGAGAUGAACUUCUCUGAGGUCUUCAAACAGUCUAACCAACUGUGCAGAGUUUCACCAGAUGGAAAAUAUUUGGCCACGUGUGUGCAGUACAGGCUGGUGGUGCGUGACGUGAACACCCUACAGAUCUUGCACCUUUACACUUGCCUGGACCAGAUAGUCCACAUGGAGUGGUCCUCUGACUCGCUCUUCAUCCUCUGUGCCAUGUACAAGAGAGGACUAGUGCAGGUGUGGUCUCUAGAGCAGCCCGACUGGUACUGUAAGAUUGACGAGGGCUCGAUAGGACUAGUCUCCUCGCGCUGGAGCCCAGACGGACGUCACAUUCUCAACACCACAGAGUUCCAUCUGAGAGUUACCGUCUGGUCCUUGUGCACCAAAGCCGUAUCUUACAUCAAGUACCCCAAGGCAUGUCAGAAGGGGAUAGACUUCAGCAGGGACGGCUGCUACAUGGCCCUAGCGGAGCGCCGCGACUGCAGAGACUAUGUUAGCGUGUUUGUGUGUGACGACUGGCACCUACUGAGGCACUUUGAAACAGAGACCCAGGACUUGGCGGGGGUGGAGUGGUCUCCUAACGGCUGUGUUCUGGCUGUAUGGGACAGCUGUUUGGAGUACAAGGUGCUGCUGUACUCGCUGGACGGCCGGCUGCUGUCCACCUUCAGUGCGUAUGAGUGGUCGCUGGGCAUCAAGUCUCUGGCCUGGAGUCCCAGCAGUCAGUUCCUGGCCAUCGGCAGCUAUGAUGGAAAGGUCCGGAUCCUAAACCACAUCACCUGGAAGAAAGUGACUGAGUUUGACCACCCAGCCUCCAUCAACAAUACUAAAGCUGUGGUCUACAAGGAGGUGGAGAGGAAGCCGGUGGUGGGGAGUGCGGACCUGUUCAUUCAGCAACGCAUCACUAUGGGCAGCACCCUGUUCAACACACAGAGCAAAUGUAAGCACAACUCAUCACUAUGGGCAGCACCCUCUUCAACACACAGAGCAAAUAUGAGAUCUGCCCAUUGCCAGUCCAGGUACCUGUGGUCAAACCUGACCUGGACCGUGCCAACCCUAAAGUCGGGGUCUCCUCCAUGGCAUUCAGCUCGGACAACCGCUACCUGGCCACGAAGAAUGACAACAUGGCCUGCGUGGUGUGGGUAUGGGACAUGCAGAGGCUGGGGCUUCUGGCUGUUCUGGAGCAGACGUCGGCCGUGCGCUGCUUCCAGUGGGACCCCCGUCGGCCCCGUCUGGCCCUCUGCACCGGCAACGCCAAGCUCUACCUCUGGUCCCCCGCAGGCUGCGUCUCUGUCCAGGUCCCUGCUGAAGGUGGUUUCCAGGUGCAGUCAGUGACUUGGCACUGCAGUGGAGACUCCUUGAUUCUGUUGGGGAAAGAGCAACUGUGUCUGUGCUACAUGGAGGUCGGGGAAGAGGAGGAGGAGGAGGAGGACGACGACGAUGUCAAGUGAGAGAACCCCACGUACUCUCUCCUAUGGGGGCCAGAGCAUUAAGAUUAGUACUCCAAAGACUGUCUGAGCCCAUACUCAAUCAGGGCUGUGGUCUUCACAUGACCAGAAGAAUUCCAAAGUGCUGCUCUGACAGUCAACUCUAUGGCCAUUAAACUGUGGUCAUGUGUACUUGCACUGGUCAGUGUCAGCCAUCCCUGCAGGUAACGUUUGACUUAUUUAGGGGAGGAUCACAAUAUAGGGCAGGUGUAGUUGAGGUCCAAGUUCCUGUAGUAUUUAAGAGAUGUUUACAAAGUGCAUUUGUCAAAUCUCUGUCAUUUAAUUAUUUGAAGUAUUGUGUUUGUAAAAAUGUAAAGUCUAGAGGUAACAAUUAUUUUGUAAUAAAGUUUGCUAUGAAUAACCA